AUGGUUAUCAGCUUCCAAGACAAUUACGAGAGGGUUUCCUCGGAGAGAGAAGGAAGGGCAAGACCUUCAAUUAAGCAGGUCCUCAGGCUUUUGUAUGGAUGCUCCGACCCGACAUUUAUUGGGUUUGUUGAAGCUGUGGAAGUUGAAGAUUAUGGAGGAAAUAGUGAGAGGGGAUGGGCAAGUGAAGGUGAACUGCUCAAGGGUGAUGGGAUUUUUAGCAGUGGUGAUGGAAUAUGUCCCUCUUCUUCAAGUACAACGGGGUAA